UCGAGUCGUCGUUGAAAACUACAUCAGCAACAUAGUUUCUUUAUCUUCACCUUCCUUGAAAGUGCUUCUAUCGGCAUACACCCUGAUGUACGUCGUCGUGCGUGGCUACCAGGAGAGAGUGAAAUAAGAGAACACAAUGGUGCCCAAAAGUACAGUUCAUCGCACAACGAAACUCGUGCUCACUCUGUUCGGCAUAUGGCCGGGCAUGUCGUACGUUCUCAUCUAUAGAGUGUAUUGGUUUAUCAUAUUGAUGUCGGACGAGGUCUGGCAUUACCGGUAUUUCAAAUCACAUUUUCAGCUCGAGAACCUGCCAAUUCUAGUGGACUGUCUCAGCACCUUCAUAGCGCACAUAAAGGUUCUCACUAAAUUGUUCGUCUUUUGGUUCAAUCAGCAGAAAUUCGUCAAGAUCUUAACGAUGAUGACGGAAGACUGGAGUGAGUGUGCCGACAGCGAUAACGACAUACGUGAGGCCGUAUGCAAGGGGAAAAUGUCCGAUCGCAUCAGUAUCGCUAUGUUCGUCCUUCACGUGUUCAACACCAUUACAUUCUGCACCAAAGUCUUCUUAACGAUACCCCAUGUCGACAUCGACGAUAGCGACUUCGAGCUACCUUUCUUCUUGAAAGUAGAAUUUCCUAUGCGCAUCAGCACAUUACGCACAUACAAAAUGCUGUUGAGCGUGCAAUUCGUAAAUCUCUUAUCCAUCGUCAUUGGCACUGGUAUGGUGAACGCUCUGCUCUUAACUUUGAUUUUACACGUAGGAGGUCAAAUCAACAUCCUGUGUUCUUGGCUGACCGAGCUUGCACCAAGGGAGAACGCAGAAACGCGCGAAUCCGUCAUGGUCAUGAUAAAUAAAAUUAUCCGGAAGCAUCAGCGAAUUAUCCAGUUUUCAACGCACAUCGAGGAUUUGUACAGGUACAUCUCGUUCGUACUGUUCGCUUCAAACACAACGAUGAUCUGUAUGCUGGCAUUCCUCGUCUUAACUUCGCUCAACAGUCCCGACGCAACCGAGCGGAUAUUGAGAUCUCUUCUGUUUUACGCCAUUACGAACCUGGAAUCGUUCAUAUUUUGCUUCGCGGGAGAAUAUCUGAGGAACAAGAGCAAAACGAUCGGGGGCGCAGCGUACAAUUCGGCAUGGUAUGACCUGAGGCCCAAGGAUAGUCGCGUUUUGUUAUUGGUAAUAUUAAGAGCACAGAAGCAAUUAACGCUCACGGCCGGCAGGAUGAUGGAUCUUUCUUUGGAGAGCUUCGGAAAUAUCAUGAAAGCCUCGGCAUCGUACAUGUCGGUGCUGUUGGCGAUGCAAUGAACGUCGUCUUCGGUUCGAACGUUCCCAAGCGAUAUAUAGCCGUGAAAAGUAUGUGCCGAGUGGUGUGUAACCAUGUUUUUACUAGUGAUACGACAGUGACACAUAGCAUAUUUUUCUAUGUCCGCAUGAAGGAUGCCGUAUCGAGUGACGCAUACAUGAGACGUGCGUUGUCUAUGGAACAAUAUGAAAUAUAAAAACACAAUUCGCCAGGGCUCUCCUCAAUUCCUGCUAAACUCCGAUCGUGACACCGAUUCGCACUGGACGACUGCUGCAUGCGAACUAACACGUAUUACCUCUGUCGCGUUAUAUUUCGCCGCACGUUUCUGACUUUUUACCCUCUUG